AUGGAGCUGCAUUGCCUGCCUGCUGAGACCCCCACUACAUCUAGCUCCAGAUCUACGGACCCCCUGUAUGACAACUGCCCAGCCCAUGCCCAGAGAGGGAGGGAGAGGCACAGUGAGCUGCAAAGGGAGUGGGGCAGUGGGAUGGAUAGGGAUAGGGAGCAUAGGGCUCUGUUCUCAGCCGUAACUAGACUCCCAGCUCCCCGCAGCCCCCUGUCUGGCCUGGCCCCAGCUGUGACUGACGUUCCCACACUCGGUCGCGGGAGAGGGCCUGGCACUUGGCCAGAUCACAGCUACUGCAGCUGGGGAGGAGGCCUGGUGAAGAAGGGCUGGGAAGCAGAGCUGGGCCCGGGUAUAAACAGAGCAGGAGGAGGAGUAGAGAGAGGAAGAGGAAGGGAAGAAGGUAUACAAGACACAGAGAAGGAAAGGGUCCAUGAAAACUGGAGCCCCACUCGAUCACAGAGCGAGCAACACGAGAGCGCUCUGUCUGUUUAUGACAACAUCCAGCACGCCAUCACCUCGGACAAUCUCCUGGAGGCGGUUGCCAUGGAAACAGGCUUCCAGGAGCCUUCGCAGCAGGAGGUGUGCCAAGUGCUAGCCACUGAGCAGAUCCAGGGGCUGAUGAAGGGUGGAGGAGUGAGCGGGGAGAGUAGCUCCUGGUCCUCCUGUGAGAUCAUCCUGGCUGAAAGCAGAGCCAGUAACAGAGUGGAGCAGGACUGGGAUGUAGAUCAAGACCACCCCGAAUGGGAGUCAGAGCUGGACUCAGGACCCCGUCCAUUUGAUCAGGAGCUCCAGCUCCCAACAUCCUAUGUCCAACCGCAUCCUGUAGCUAGUCUUCCUUUCUCUAGUGAAACAGGACUCCUGGCCCAGCGGACCUCAGCGGCAGACCAGCAUCCAGGAGAGAUACACCAGGAAGGCUCCAGGAUGCCUCCUCCUCUCCCCACAGCUGACCCAUCAGCCAGCGCCCUGCGAAGCAUCCUCACCGGCCUCCAGCAGCAGAUAGUACAACAGAGGGAGGAGUAUGAGGCACAUAUAAUUAGGCUGGAGCAGAGGAAUGAGGAGCUGCAGGGGGAGGUAAUGGGGCUGAGGGCCAACCUCGCACAGCAGCGGCGCUGGUACCAGGUGGUCCAGGCCAAGAUUCAGGAGUCUGAACAGGCUCGAGCUGCCGCCGAACUCCGCAACACAGCACUGCAGAGAGAGAUGGAGCAGUUUUUCGACACGUUUGGAGAGCUUAACAAUGAGGCCAAGAAAACUGAGCGCAUAGUCCGCAGCUUCUAAGAGACAGAGAGAGAGAAAGAGAGAGAGAGAGAGAGAGAGAGAGAGAGUGUACUAUCUACAGCCAUUGAUGCUUUUAUCAGAUAAAUAUCAGCAAAUAUCAGAUGAAUAUAUGAACCA